AUGAUAUAUCCUAAUCGCAAUGGCAGAAAGCCGCCAGCCAGGCCGUCCGUUUUUAUCUUGAUAGCACCAUCGCGUGCGGUGGAGGAAGACCUGUCCCAGUGUUUCUCUGGAAAAGUGAGUCUGACUAAUGCAGAUAGACCAGACUUUUUAAUCCAUGAAUGCCUUGUCCGAGACAGCCUCAAGGGCUGGGGGGACUACCAGGCGUGGCUCGAGGCAGAGUCGAGGCAAAUAUCCAAUCGAGUUCUCACCCUUGACAUUCUUGAGAAAGGCAGUGGUGGACAGUCUCGCAAUAUAUCUUUCAGCGCGGAAGAUCGGCAACGACUGAAACAACUGGAUUACUACAUCACAGAUAUGUUGGUGAUUCUUCAGACGAUGGCCAACUUAAUCAAUCGGAUUGGAAGGAGUUGUAAACAGAAUUGUCAAGUCUGCUGCAGCACUGCAGCGCCUUGCUCCUGCAACGAAAAGAUCGAAGAAUUUGAGGAGUAUACAGCAGAAGCUAAGACGUACCUGGAUCGAGCAGUAUGGCUAAAGGAGCGAGUCCGAUCGACGGAGCAGCUGUAUCUUCACCUGUCAGAUCUGCUGGCAUACGAAGAAGCAGCCGCAUUAACCCAGCUCGCACAUGCGUCGCGUACCGAAAGCCAAGAGAUGGUAAAAUUGGCGGCUCAGAAUGCUCGGGAUGCGGCAGCGGUCAAGGUCUUGACAAUCAUCGGUCUCGUGUAUCUGCCGACGACAAUAGUAUCAGUACAGUUCGUGCACCUCAACGACCAGGGAGAUCUGCAGAUCUCUCGCCAAGUAUGGAUUCUGGCCGUGGUUGCAAUCCCUCUGACUAUUCUAACCGUGUUCACCUGGUGGCUAUGCGACCGAUAUAAUGUCAUUGAGGCACUGCUGGGUAGAAGAUUUGAUGAUAGCAACCUGGCGAGUGGAAACAGACAUGGACAUGCUGGGGAAGAGGGGCCUUCGUGGUCGAGUUCGAUUGCUCUUUCCACUAUUGCAAGCUCUCAGUCUCGCCGGUCAGCUCCCAUCCACACCUAG